AUGUAUGCUACACCUACUCAAUAUGGUAUCAUAUCAUUCUCCUUCCUAGCACCAACUCUAUGCGCUAUAUGUACUCUCAUUUGUUUGUCGGGUGUAAAGGAGAGUGCUACCUUUAGCUUUAGUAUGGCAUGCCUUAAUGUUGCCUUGUUGCUAACCUUUUCUCUCUAUGGAUCAUAUAUGUACGGGGACGUUGGUAAUAUGGAUCCAUUCACCCUCCCUAGUGAUGUGGCAGUUGAUGGGGUCGGAGGCUUUGCAGGGGUACUACGUGGAUCUGGCCUAGCUUUCUUCUGCUGUGUUGGCUGGGAUGCUGUAUGUACAUUGAGUGAGGAGGUUAGGAAUCCUAAAAGGGAUAUACCAUGGGGCAUUAUGGGCACACUACUUAUCGUAGCACUAUUGUACUCUAUGCUAUGUAUCACCUUAUGCCUCAUGGUCCCAAUAGAGAGCAUCGAUUUGGAUGCACCAUUAGCUACAGCAUUCCAAUACCAUCAUGACAACUGGGGUUAUAUUAUAACAUCUCUGGCAGCUACAACCGUCUGCACUACCAUAUGUGGUAUUAUUGCGACCCUACUAUCAGCCGUGUGCGAUUUUGAGCCCUUAGCUGGAAUGACCAGUUUCAGUACAUUGGCUAUGUUCACGCUGGUUAAUGGUGGUAUUAUAUUGACCCGAGCUGAGGAUAAUUCUGUGAGAGAUAGUAGUCAUCAUCAUCCUUCUACUUCUACGACCAACAUCACCUACUCCAUCUCUCUUUUUUUCAUUCUAUCGAUUGCCUUCCACUACGUUGCCCUGCUCCAUGGCUUCCUCACAUGUUCGGGCAUAGCCCUGGCAACGCUCAAUCUUGCCAGUUUAGCUUGGCUACUCUACGCCUAUUAUGCUGCUAUCGCACCCUAUGUCAAUAAGAGUAACGUCGAUGGACAUAGUGAGCCCCUCCUCGUCGGUCAAAGAGAUAAAGAAGAUACAGCCGAAGAUGAUAACCAUUCCCGUUGCCCCUGGGUGCCUAUCCUACCCGCUGUCGCGAUAUGGGUUAACUGCUAUUUGAUGGCCUCUCUAGGUCUUCAGGCUCUGAUCAUGGUCACUGUCUGGCUCAUUCUCGGCAUCGUAGUAUAUCUAACCUAUGGUGCAAGGCACAGCAAGCUGAACUGAUUGAUUACCAUUCCCAACCAUAAAUAGGCUUCGAUGAAAGGAUGAGCAUCAUGCAAGUGGGUACUUCUCUGCAGUUUCUACAAGUAUUAACUACAUCGAGCCUUAUGUAUAUCUAUAACAACUCUAUUACGCUCACUAUCAUCUACUACAGUUCUGGUGUUCAUACAGCUAAUUCUGUUACAACACACUAUGUAGCUACCAUCUAUCGUACUGUCGUUUUCGUAUGAAUCUCGAUCGUUAUUGCAUAAAGUUGCCUCUCGCUCU